AUGGCCAACACGUUCAUCAACACGCCGUUGGAGGUGCGACUGAACGGCUACCCCACGCAUACCGGGCCCGCCCGUCACACGCCCUCCAUAUACGCCGGCGCAGGGCUCGAUCUGGUAGACGCCAUACACCAUCACCACCACUACCACCCCCACCACCACCCGCACCACCACCAGAAGCCUCCCUAUUCAUACAUAGCGCUCAUAGCGCAGGCUAUUAGGUCGACCCCCGACCAGAAAAUCACGUUAAGCGGUAUCUAUAAGUACAUAAUGGAUAACUUUCCCUACUAUCACGACAAUAAGCAAGGUUGGCAGAAUAGUAUCCGGCACAACCUCUCCCUCAAUGACUGUUUCGUGAAAGUGGCGCGAGAGAAGGGUAGGCCCGGGAAAGGCAACUACUGGACACUCGACCCCAACUGCGAGGAGAUGUUUGAAAACGGAAACUUCAGGCGCCGGAAGCGGAGGUCCCGGUCGUCGACAUCGGUGUCCACUAACGGCACCCGUGGUAGAGAUACCGGCGCUCUGGACGGCAAACGCAAGCGCCGGUACGACGAGCUUAUCGAUGAGGACGAGGACGACGAUGAGGAGGUGGAGGACAGGGAUGUGCCGAUUGACGCCAAAAGAGUCCGAUUCGUCGACGACUCGCUUAAUAAUCACAAUACGGACGAGUCCUCCGACACUACCGGCGCCGACAUAACGGCCACUAAACUACACAAACAGUCUCUGACGCCGAGAGGUGUGGCCUUUUCUAUCGACCGCAUCAUCAGCAGUACCGGCGCCGCACCGGACGGCCAUAAAUCCAUUGACAGCGGCUAUGAGUCGCUACUCUAUGACAGCAAACAAAACAAUUCAUUGGAUUUAUAUUCUAAUCAAUCGCUUAUGAAUCAGUCAUCUCUGGCCUCAGCUAACAGUCCCCUGUAUAACGAGCUAUCGCUGAGACUGUCGGGUCUGACCACAGCAGGACAGGCUGUUUCGCGCUACCCGUUCAACGGCUAUCCGCACCACAGAUUAGACGCCAACCCAUUGCUAGUCAAUAGUCCGGUGCCGACGACAGGCCCACACCAGAGCACCGGGCGAUCUAACGCUGGCUACAAUUUUGUCAACUAUUACCCCACCGUAUGGGCCGAUAUGGACCCGCUGUUGCCGUUCGUGUUUGUGUCGCCCUCCAGAUGA